UGGAGGUGGGAUCGGCAGACCACCUGACAGGGAGUUCCAGGCCUGCUCAAAAUAAAACAGCAAGUUUGGCUCUUCUAUUUCAGACUAAGUCUGUGCAGCAUAUGGAGAGCCAUCCUAGCCAUGGGCCGGCCCCAUCCCCUGCCCCACUGUUAGGAAGUCAGAGGUUUAAUCUGCAUUGGGGGCUAUUUAAGAUGGACACAGGUCUAGGAGCAGCCAUGGCCUGGAUGUUGUUCCCCACAGAGUGAAGUUGUAGAGGACCUGGAGUGAAUGACAGUAUCUCCUUCCCAGGUUUUGGCUGCUGGGGGCUCUUCUUGGGGCACACCCUAUGCCCACUGAUUAUGGCAGUUCACUUAGUUUCUUCUGUUUUAGGUCUGAGGCUGAGAAAUAGUCACGGUCCUCGGCAAGACUCUGCAGCUGAGCUGUUUCUUCUGCCUCUGCACCCCUUUCAAAAAUAUGAUCUAGGUAUUUCCUUCAGGCUGGCCUCAAACUGGCCAACUCCCUGUCUCAGCCUCCUAAGUGCUGGGAUUGGUUACAGAUGUGCACCACCUCCUCCAGCCUGAAUCCUUUAAACAUUUUAAAGUUUGCCUUGCGUGUUUCACAUCCACACUGCUCUGGCGUCGUCCCUCUUUCCCGCAUAAAGUUCACUUUCCUGGGCACCUCUCUCCUCCAAGUGGAUGCUAAAGGCUGAAUUCCUAGAAAGGCUGGGCCUGCCAGGGAGCUUGUCAGUGCAGAUUAGAAUUCCUUCAUGUCAGCGCUGACCCCCUUCUGCUCCCUCCUGCGUCCACACAAGAACUCGGUUCCUCUCAAUGAAGACCAUUGAUGAGACCGCGACAUGUUAGGAACUUUAAGCCACCAGCUCCCAGGCAACCUUAGCCAAGCCCUGGCAAUGUUUAAUUAAAUUACUCACUGUCCCCAAGCCACACUGUAAAGCUGGGAACCAGAAAAGUCCCUAUAAAGCCAGACAAGCUGGAAGUCCCCUGCCUAGAGGCAAUUCCUUUCCCUUUGGUUGUCUUGUUUUUAUAGGCAUUUGACAUGAGAGCUUUCUCUCUUCAGAGUUGUAUGCCUGGAUACCUAGUGAGCUUGGUCUCUUCAUUCCUUCGAGCUCUUGACUGCAUCCAGACUGUCUCCAGGGAGAUGGCUAGGAGGUUGCAGACACCCAUCUACCCACUUCUGUUUGCCCUGGGUUUUCCUUCCCCAGACUUUUGCAAAUAGGAGCUGAUUUGCAUUCUAGGUUACUUUUCUCUAGGCGUUUGGGCUGGAGAAUAUUUAAAAAGGUAAGGAGGGAAGGGGUUCUGGACCAGUCUGUAUGCCUUAGUAGAGUCCGCUCUGUGCAAAGUCCUCUACUGUCAUCUUCCUUGUCUGUUAUAGUCAGGCCUUCCCAUAUCUGUCAUCGAUUGGAGAGAAGCCUUCAGAGUCCCUUUCUUCCAGCAUAAGCAUCUGCACAUGCAGACCCCAGACCCCCGCACCAACAACAAUGCUAAUGAUAAUAGGUUGACCCAAGAGUGAAGUAUUUCCAGCCCAAAGCUUUUAGUGCUAGCCUGUCUCUUUUUAUCUUUAAUGAGAAGGGCCCGAUGGAGUGAGUGGGGCUGCAAGAUUUGACGGAAUCCCUCCUAUCGCAUACUAGCUAGUGUGGACACAGGAAUGGAGGGGUUAGACGUAAUGGUUACCAAGUGGGUACUAGAGAUACAUCAUGCCAAGAGAGUUGCACGGGUGUCUUGUUUCAGCUUCACGAGGAUAAUACAAAGACUAGUCCCAUUUUAUGGAAAGAGGAGCAAGUUGAAAAAGCUUAAAUUGCUCAAGAGUUCAAGUUACUUUGUCAGUGACAGAGCUAAGAGUCCAGUGAAGUGCCCCAUGUAUGCUUGUUGCAUUUGUGGACUAAUUUCACGUGCAGUGGUAGGUGUGGGGGGCCUAUCAGGAAUAGAACAUCCACAAAUUUGCUCUUAUGGAGCUUUCUACACUGAGGUUGAGCUGAAAUCGUGCUGGUAUGAGAAGCUGAGAGCUUAAAGAGUAGACUAUAAAAACACAGGUGUGGGUCACCUGUCAGAGAUCUAAGCCCAUGCCUGGAGCAGUCUUCCAGUUCCCAAAGACAAAACAUCUCCAAUGCUUUGAAGUGAGAAAACCAUUUUUUCCUUCUCUUCCUUCCUCUUUGGUUUGUGAACAUCCUCUAUGCCUACUGUAUUGGAAAUCUUCUCCCUGGGUCCUCACACCAUAGGACCCAGGUGGAUGGAACUUCUUCAGAUUGUCUAAUCCACUGUCCUGAUUCUAGAAUAGCCAGGCCUAGAAUAUUCCAACUAGAGAAGUCUGUAGGAAUAAAAUAUCUUCUCUCUUCUCCCAAACUUUUUGUUCUGAGGUUAGAUGUUUUUGAUGGCUACCCUAUAGGGCUAAACCAAAUUCAGCAACUUUCUCUCCAAAAACCUAGCUCAUCUUUACAUCCCUCUGUUUGCUACCGUUUUGUACUCUUCUUGUGGUCAACCUCAGGAUUCUUUGACUCAUCCUCUUAUUCAGAGCCUGAGUGGCUAAUAUUUCCAGGAAUGCAACAUGUGUGCCCUGCUGGCUGAAAUUUUGAUGUGGAUAAAGAGAACUGGAUUCCCAGACCAAGGCUCUUGGGUCUUGGGGUCAUUGCUGGGUUCCUGGAGGUUGUGAACAAGCAGCCUUGAAACCUCAUUUGCAGAGUGUUCAGCUGCCUGUGCCCAACUCCCUCCCAGUCCUCUCUGUAGGGUCUCCCCGCCUCUCUUUUUGCUUUCCCUAACACUUGUCCACCCUCUCUGAACUGAUCAGGAGAGCAGCUACUCUUCACUAGCUCUUCCUCACCCUCAAACAAAGCCCAUCACAGCUUGGUGUUCUAGACCUUUUAUGCCCUGGCUAUAGCUUGGUCCUCUGUGCCGUAGAUUCUCCUGGUAGUUCUGUGGUUUUCUCCACCCCGCCUAUUCAUGUGGUUCCCCUUGGAAAGAAGCCCUUUCUUUCCAUUUGACUGUUGAAAGUCUCCGUAUCUUUCAAGUCUUAUGUCAGUUGUCAUCUAUUUCUUCAAAAGUUCCACAAGCCAUCAUUACUCCAGUUAUCAGUCACUAUGUUAGUGAGCCCCUCAGGCUCAAUAAAUGUCAAACCUGUGGGACAGAGUUAGGGUAAAUGGUUUGAUGCUCACUGUCAUCAGAUUGAGGAUCUAGGGAGAGAGGCGGAUCCGCAUCUAACGAGCCACUUAGAUAAAUAUGCAAACUGUGCGCCGAGAUCAGUGCUGUUAAAAAGUGGGAACAGGAUUUGGCUUGGUCACAGAAUUUUCAUUGGGGUGAAAUGAGUUUUAUUUAAUCUGAAAGAGCCAACAAACAAUUUUUGCUGAGUGGCUAGGAAGGGGGACCUAGCAUGGUGACGGUUUCUAGAAGCAGAGACCAGCAGCGGGAGAGACUGGAGGCCAGUGCGAAAGAAAUGUGUGUAGAGUAUAUGGGGGGAAGGAGCUGUAGAGGUGGGUGAAGCAGGGGUUUUUGGUCCUGGCUGAAGAAAAGAAAAUUGGGGGAAGAUGUAAGCAGAGAAGGUGUCCAGUCACUUUCCCUGACAACUGGAGUUCCCUUGAUGUCCUUUUGGCUCAUUUUGCGUCAUAAACAAUCCCUCCCACAUUUGCCUUCUGGCUCCCUUUGCCGACUGCACACUGCUAAGGAAUGCCGGAGUUUUGCAUUUUCCAUAGCAACUAAUGGAAUGCGGAGCAACCUGCGAUCCGUGAACAAAUCUGAUAGUAGCCAGAGUGUUCAGUCCGUUGUGGCACAGUUUAUGGUGUUUUCAUAACGCCAGACCUCGCCUUAGGGAGUGGACUACAAAGAGCCACACAGCCGUAUCCCUGCCAACACUCAGCACCUACAAGGAGAGUAAGCCUAGACAUCUAGUGGAGACAUCUGAAAACUGUCAGUCCACUUCUGCACAGAAAGCUUCCUGAGGCGUGGGGCUGGGACAGGGACCCUACGUCCAGUUCGCCGCAACUACUACGACCCAUCCUCAGCCCCUGGGAAGGGUGUCGUUUGGGAGUGGGAGAACGACAAUGGUUCCUGGACACCCUAUGACAUGGAAGUGGGUAUUACCAUCCAGCAUGCCUAUGAGAAACAGCACCCCUGGAUCGACCUCACUUCCAUUGGCUUCAGCUACAUCAUUGACUUCAGCACCAUGGGCCAGAUCAACAGGCAGACCCAGCGCCAGCGCCGUAUCCGCCGCCGACUAGACCUCAUCUACCCCAUGGUCACAGGCACUAUGCCGAAGGCUCAGUCCUGGCCAGUCAAUCCUGGAACGACCACUUCCCCCCCUGCACCACCCUGUUCCUGUCCACAGUGUGUUUUGGUGAUGAGCGUCAAGGCUGCUGUGGUCCAUGGGAGCAGUGGGCCCCUUCAGCCUCCAGGAACUCGCAAGAACAUAGCUCCCUCUGGAGUGGGCAAGCUGCCCCCACCACCUGGCCCUGGGACGAAGCCGCUAGAUACUUCCGGCACCUUGCGAGGCCCAGGGAAGACUGCUCCAUCACAGGUGAUCCGGAGACAAGUCUCUAAUACACCAGCUGGGGCAACUGCAGGCUCCCCCACCAGCCCACAAGGAAGCAACAGGAAGCCUGGAAGGGUGGCAUUGGCCACCUUGAAUCGGUCCAACCUGCAGCGACUGGCCAUUGCCCAGUCCCGGGUUCUGAUUGCCUCGGGGGUCCCCACUGUGCCUGUGAAGAACUUGAAUGGGUCCAGCCCUGUCAACCCUGCCUUGGCAGGAAUCACCGGGAUCCUCAUGAGUGCAGCUGGAUUGCCUGUGUGCCUCACUCGGCCACCAAAGCUGGUCCUCCACCCACCCCCUGUCAGCAAGAGUGAAAUAAAGUCCAUCCCAGGGGUCUCUAACACAAGCCGCAAGACCACCAAAAAACAGGCCAAGAAAGGUAAAACCCCAGAGGAAGUGUUAAAGAAAUAUCUGCAGAAGGUCCGGCAUCCCCCAGAAGAGGACUGUACCAUCUGUAUGGAGCGCCUCACAGCCCCUUCUGGCUACAAGGGCCCACAACCUACUGUCAAGCCUGACUUGGUGGGGAAGCUGUCCAGGUGUGGCCACAUCUACCACAUCUACUGCCUGGUGGCCAUGUACAACAAUGGGAACAAGGAUGGGAGUUUGCAGUGCCCAACAUGUAAGACCAUUUAUGGUGUCAAGACAGGCACCCAGCCUCCAGGGAAGAUGGAGUACCACCUCAUCCCACACUCCUUGCCUGGCCACCCGGACUGCAAGACCAUCCGAAUUAUCUACAGUAUCCCACCUGGCAUUCAGGGACCAGAACAUCCAAAUCCUGGGAAGAGCUUCAGCGCCCGUGGCUUCCCACGACAUUGUUACCUUCCAGACAGCGAGAAAGGGAGAAAAGUUCUGAAGCUGCUUCUGGUGGCCUGGGAUCGCCGUCUCAUCUUUGCCAUUGGAACCUCCAGCACCACGGGCGAGUCCGACACCGUCAUCUGGAAUGAGGUGCACCACAAGACAGAAUUCGGCUCUAAUCUCACCGGCCAUGGCUACCCAGAUGCCAAUUACCUGGAUAAUGUGCUGGCCGAACUAGCUGCCCAGGGUAUCUCCGAAGACAGCACUGCCCAGGAAAAAGACUGAGGUGGGGCGGGGGGAACUGGGGGACUACAUGGCAGGAAGUGAAGAGAGUCCCAUGGAAGUUGAUGCCAUGCUUCCUGACUCCCUUGUUUUCUUUCUUGUUCUGUCUCCACCUCGCACCCCUCUUGGUCACAGAAGGAACUAGAUUAAGGUGAUGUCAUUCAUAAGCUUUAUCCAAUACAAACAGGAUGUGGGAUGAGGGCCACCCCCCACCCUUUGUCCCCAUGGAGUUUUCAGUGCUGGGAAGGCAAGAACCUGCACCUCUCCUUUGCCCUAAGUAGGGGAUGUGGUCAGCACACUUAAGGUAUGGGCAGUGUCGAGGCACUCCGUACCCUGGCCUUGUGAAGCGGAGAACCCGUGCCUCAGCUGGCUUCUUGCUGCUUCCUCUCUGCUUUGAUAGCAGAGUUUCUGCUUUUCUUUUUUCUUCCACUGGAGUCAGGGAGCUCUCACUGUGCAAGACUGGGGAGAGAGGUAUAGACUGCUGUGACAUCAGAAAUUGGAUGCCUUGGUGUAGGUUAAAGGAAGCAGUUCACGCCAAGAGGGUCAGAGUCAAAAGCCUCUGGGAGCGUGUUCAGCUCUCAGUGUAGUCCCUGGCUUCUCUGGGCCCUGCCUCUUCUUCCUCAUGCCGUUGACCUGUCCGUAGGCAUCUGGUUCUCUCACGUGGAUGGAAGGACUCAGGGAUCCCUCUCUGGGGUGGCAUCGUGUGAUGCUGUUUCCAGCCCCUGUCUGAUCAAACCAGAGCCUGCAUCCCACUGAGCAUCUGCACUAUCCUCAGGGAGGGGAGCCCGUAGCCUCCUUCCCAACUCAGACCAGCUCAGUUUCAUCAAGUCACUGUGAGUUGGAGCCCAUGCUUGUCUCUGUGUCUUCUGUGUAGGCACGUAUGUUUGUGUGGGUGUGUGUGCAUCCCUGGGCUAGGUUGUUGGGAAAGUCCCAUCAUGUCUCCGAAUUCUCUUUCACAUAUCAAAUCCCAGUUCCGUUGGGGAUCCAACAGUGAAGGUGUGGCCCCUCCUUUGAGUUUUCCCACCCUUUACCAGCCCAUCUCCUGAUCAACUUGCACCCUGAUGUGCACAGACCUGCACAUGGGAAGAUGUGUUGAUGCAAGAGCUACAUUGACCCUUCUCUUUCUUGUUAAUAUUAGAUCAGAACCAACCUCCAUCCAGUCUUGUUUGUAUAAGAGCUCAGUCCAUCUCCAUGCAGAUUUGCUAAUUCAAGGCCAGAGAUGCUACCGGUCCUCUUUUCUUCAGCCCCCAUCUAAUACAGGUUGACCAAAAGCAUUGUGGUGGGAACCUCUUUAGUUCAUCCCUAACAUGGUUAGGAACACAUUGUAGUCUUCUCUAACCCUACAUCUGGGUGUUGUCCCAAGAUCCAGUCUGUCCCCAACGUCUGCUCACCUUUGACUCCAUUAAAGAAUGGACUAGGUAUCUGGUAAGAGAGAAUGAAGAAUCAAAAAGGGAAAUCAGUGUCCCCUUCGGAAGUGGGUUCUUUGAACUGUGUUUGGGGAAAGUUCCUCUGAAUGCUAAUUCGAAUUUGUAUAACUCAUGUUGUGGAUUUGAUGUGUAUUUGUGUAUGUGUGUGUAUAUAUAUACAUAUAUACAGCAAAUAUAUGUGUAUAUAUUCAUAUAUAACUCGUAAUAUUUGAAAGGUGUUGAUGCUUGAAGAAGAAACAAAGAGAGAGGAAUAAAGCAAGCUUCCACAGUGGUA